UCAUGCGAGGCAAAUUGACCUAGAGCACCAAUUGUCACAUCGUUUGUGUGCACACGAGAGUCGGUUGGACUUUUUCACUGAAGACAUUGUCACCAACGAUAUCGAACUACAACAAAUACUAUGGACACCAACAUUUUACAGGGGACAUGAUCGUACCUUUUUGCCAACAUAGCCUAUCAACAACCCAACAGACUGUAUCGCCGUUAGAAGAUUGCGGGUUAAGAAAGAUGCAGAAGUGAAGUUCAGUUGCAACUUCUGAAGGAAUGACGUUCGAGAAAGGAUGUGCAGUAGUCAGAACAUCGCAUGGAGUCUUGCGGUGCUCUCGUUUGUUGAGAUGGGAUUCGGCGUGUCCAGCAUCACGGUGGGAAUGUUGGAGGGCAGGAGAACCCGAGCUGCGCUUAAAACACAUCAUGGGGAGGGGGCGCCAGUAUGGAGCGGCGUGGCUUUUCUCAUCUGUGGACUAUGUGGAAUGCUUUGUGCAAGGAGGAGAACAGGGCUAAUGAUGAUCCUCUUCUGCGCCUGCUGUAUCUGUGGCCUGAUAAGUGGCAUUCUGAACGUGCAGUUUGUGCGUGCGGCAGCAAGACGUGCUGACUUCAUGUCCUCUCUGCAGCUGGCCUCCAUCUGCCUGGCAUGUCUGGGAGUGACCGUCUGCACCCUCAGCGCCUGGCUCACCUGCCGCCUGGCCAGCGCUGAGCAGCAGCGGAUGUUCCUAGAGCGUGAGGUCCACCACUCUGUAGAAAUGACCGAAAAAAACAAGUCAGGAUGCAGCAGCUAAUGAAAAUCCUUUCACUCUGGAGAAUGGCAUCAGAGGCUGUUAAGAUGCGCUUCUGUCUAACAAUAUGUCAAAGCAGUUAAGAAAAAUAUCAUCAAUUAAAAUUAUGGCACGCUAUAUCCCUGGAUCAAAAUGGCAUUUGAUACAUUUCAUUGCAUAAGUCUUUGCAUGCAAAAGACAUCCUAUUUUAUGUUCCUAGUAAAUAUAUAGAAAAAGUAACCUUCUUAGAGCCUUGCCAUUUUGUCAGUGCUGUUUCCACCCCUCAUAUCCAAAUUCCAAGGCAUUCUGAACUUCUUAUUCACAAUGCAGGUCUGGGAAUUUGAGAAGGAAAUAAGGGUGAGAUGGGUAAUGUAUUUGCUGUUUGCUGUCAAUGGGCCGCAGUGCACAGCAGAUGAUUUUUUAACUGGUUCUAGAAUAAUCCCAGCAUUAGGUGCAGAAGUCACCGAUGUAUGGAAUGGAGUGCUGGAUCAAGUAUUGCAUCUUGGGGUGUACUAUUUGUUGUAGGAAGAUAGUUAGGAAACAAAGGCCAGUCAUCAGAAGCUGCACCCUGGAAUACAGAUAGAAAACCUAACCAGAGAAGGAGCAGUAAAUCUAAGUCUUGAAACUUAGCAGUAUUAAAGAAUACUAUAAUGAAACUGUUUUUGGAAUAAUGUAGCGAUGAAUUAUUAUUAUACCACUAAUGAUAUGGAACAUUAUCCUACCCAAACACAACCUGAAUCCAGAUGUUUUAAGAGGAUUAAAAGGCUUUGUUUAUAACUUGG